AUGGCGACGAGCGUCGUUCCGGGAGACAACCUACCCACUUAUAAGCUGGUGGUGGUGGGCGACGGCGGUGUGGGCAAGAGCGCCCUCACCAUCCAGUUCUUUCAGAAGAUCUUCGUGCCCGACUACGAUCCCACCAUCGAGGACUCGUACCUCAAGCAUACCGAGAUCGACAGCCAGUGGGCUAUUCUCGAUGUGCUGGACACGGCGGGUCAGGAGGAGUUCAGCGCCAUGAGAGAGCAGUACAUGAGGACCGGAGACGGUUUCCUCAUUGUGUUUUCGGUAACGGACAAGGCCAGCUUCGAGCACGUGGACCGAUUCCAUCAGCUCAUACUGAGAGUCAAAGACAGGGAGGCGUUCCCCAUGGUCCUCAUCGCUAAUAAAGUAGACCUGGUGCAUCUGCGCAAAAUCACAAGUGAACAGGGGAAGGAGAUGGCGAUGAAGCACAGCAUUGCGUAUAUUGAAACAAGUGCCAAGGAUCCACCUAUGAAUGUUGAUAAAGCAUUUCAUGAACUUGUCAGAGUGAUUCGCCAGCAGGUUCCAGAGAGGGCUCAGAGGAAGAAGAAAACCAAAUGGCGGGCAGACAGGCCGUCCGCGCCAGCCAGGCUUCACUGUGUCCUAUUUUGACUCUCUGCUUGAGCAGGUCAACCAGGCGAUGAUGGCUCGCACUGUUAAAACACAAAUGUACUCAAUUCUGUGUAAU